AUGCAUGGACUAAAGUCUGUACUCUACUUAAUUAAGCUGAUGAUCAUUGUUCACAUUAAUCGUCGUUUUAUAAUACCAAAAAUACGGCGAAAUGAAACAAUUUGUUGUUUGAUCGGAUUUGGAAUCGGUGUUGGUUGUUGUCUAUUAUAUAAACUUAUAUCAAAUUUUUUAACACCAGAACAAAAAAACAAUAAACAACGUGAUGCACAGACGAUGGGUCAAGAACAAUCUUAUCGUUCUGAAAUUGCUGUUUCGUAUAGUAAACGACCCCGUCAUCGUGCAACACAUAAUUCAAUCACCACAUCAUCAUCUGAAAAUACUCAUCAUCCUGUAGAAUCAUCAAAACAUGAACAACAACAACAGGAAGAAACCAUUAUCUGUGAACAUUGUCAUCAUCAAAUUACUGGACAAGAAAAUGAUCGUGAACCAUUACUUGGUCUUCCACUAUCUAAAAAUCGUCAUCAACAUUAUGAAUUAAAAUCAUCAAAUCCUAUGACAUGGUCAGAAAUAUCCUCAUCAGAUUUAUUAGAAUCCUAUCAUUCAAAUUCAAUUGGUGAUUCGGGUAUUGAAUCAAAUUCAACAGGAAGUCGAUUAAAAUUAUCAACAAAGAAUAACAAUAGUAAUAACAAUGAUAAUAUGAAUUAUACACUUGAUAAUUAUGAUUAUGAAUUAAAUUCAACAUAUGAUGAUUAUGAUCAAAUAUUUCCUCCAUCUUCACAAAACGUAUUUGGAACAAAUCGAAAAUAUGAUUCAGAUACAGCUAUUUGUCAAUCAGCAAGUAUGAAUAGACAUCAAUCACAAAUGAUUCUAACUCAAUGUGCAGCUGACGCAUUACAAAAUAAUCUUCAAUCGUAUAUGACCACUGAAAAAGGUCUCGAACGUGCACUUGAACAUACAACAAAAUUAAAUCAAGAUUUAGAAAUGAUAUUAACCGAUUUUGGUACAUUAUCUCGACGUUAUUCACAAUCAUCUAUCAAUAAAAUAUUACCAUCAUCAGCGUCUACUUUAGAAACCUAUGAUAAUCAUCAUUUUCAACAUUCUCAUACAAUCGAUGUACUCGAUUGGAAUUAUAACGAUUGUUCACCAACGUCACAAUCACCAACAAAUUCUUAUCGGAGGCAAGCUUCUCGUAAUACUACUUCAUCACAAACAAUGAAUAAAUCUCAAAAUUCACGAAAUAAAACAAAAUUAAAACGUCGAUUAAAUACGACGACGUCCGAUUAUAAUGAGUCGGAUGAAACACGAACAUAUGAUUACACGAGUUCGCCAUUAAGAAGAAGGCCAAGUUCCGUAUAUUUUGAUUCAAGUGAUACAAGUGAUGAAGAAGGUCCAAAUGAUGAUAUUCUUGAUACUAUAAAUAAUAGUAAUUAUUCUUCAAAUUACCCAAAUCUUGAUGAUACAUUAAAUAUUGAGCAAAAUAAUGAAAAUAAUGAAUCAAUAUCAUCAGUUAAAAUUUCGAGAACCACAGAGUUUACGUCAUCUUCGAAUGAUUCUAAUUUAUCAAUUGAAUUAAAUGGUCAAAUCAAUUUUUCCUAA